AUGAACCGAAUAUUUGGUCGGGGAAAACCCAAAGCACCUCCUCCUAAUCUAUCGGAUUGCAUAGGAAAUGUAAGUCUUGUCUGGUGGUAUGAGGGCCAGAGAGACCAGCUGGCUCAGCAGUCCUUCAACAUGGAACAGGCCAACUACACUAUACAGUCCCUCAAGGACACCAAAACUACAGUGGAGGCUAUGAAGAUUGGAGCUAGAGAGAUGAAGAGGGCUUACAAGGACGUGAAGAUCGAUCAGAUUGAAGACCUACAGGAUCAGCUGGAGGAUAUGAUGGAGGACGCCAACGAGGUGCAGGAGUCUCUGAGUCGGAGCUACGGAACUCCUGAGAUAGACGAGGACGACCUGGAAGCAGAGCUGGAUGCCCUUGGGGAUGAGUUGUUACUGGAUGAUGACAGUUCCUACCUGGAUGAGGCUUCCUCUGCCCCCUCCAUCCCAGAGGGCAGACCCAACAACAGUAAAACCAACAAGGACGGUGUUCUGGUGGAUGAGUUUGGUCUGCCACAGAUCCCUGCUACAUAA